AUGCCAGCCUCCGUAUCGCGUCGCCACUGCAUCUUCAAGUGGGACGUGCUUAUUUACACCGUCACGCUGCUGGCCUGGUGCCUCUGGAGCAUGUUCGAGAUGCGGCGGGUCGAUUACGUCGCGAUGGCCGAGGCCUGCCGCACGGCCGUGGCUGUGCCGCUGUCGCUGGUGCUGCUGGGCCCCGGAGCCAUGUACGCGGGCACGUGGUACUGGCGCGAGAAGACGAUCGUGGGCGUCAGUCGGAUGGAGGACACGAGUGCGGAGCAGAAGAUUCGCUAG